GAGAAGCGGGCCGGUCGGCGCAAGAUCAAGAUCGAGUACAUCGAGGAUAAGAGCCGGCGGCACAUCACGUUCAGCAAGCGCAAGGCGGGCAUCAUGAAGAAAGCGUUCGAGCUCAGCACGCUGACAGGCACCCAGGUGCUCCUGCUGGUUGUGUCCGAGACCGGCCUCGUCUACACCUUCACAACGCCCAAGCUGCAGCCCAUCGUGACCAAGCCUGAGGGCAAGAACCUGAUCCAGGCCUGCCUCAACGCGCCCGAGCUGCCCGACGCCAACAACCAG